AUGCUUUCCGCACAAGAUCCUUAUCCUCCUGUAUCUAGUCAGAAGCCGGCUCCAGAUGAUGCUGAAAUUGAUGGGUCAGCUCCUCAAAUUUGCGUCGACUAUCUGAGCCAUGAAUGGAAAGACGAAGAUGUUUGGAGCAGUUGGAAGGCUAUGACCAAACGGAAAUACGAAAUAGCUAAUGGUGUUCGACUUGAAAAUGCCAGCUGGAGGACCUGGGCUAAGCAGCGUGGUAAUCUGAAGACAGUGAGCCCCGAGACUCUCAAUUGGCUGAAAGAAAGUGAUGUGACCUGGCUGUAUGGUCCAUUGCAUAGAGAGGCCUCUGCCUUUCCUCCGACAAAAGUGUCGUCCAUGGAAGAUCGUUUGGGUAUUGAUACCGGUAAGAAGUCUAUUCUCAAGCACCGUACUCUCACAGAAAUCCUUCAAGCGCCGUUCCAGAUAUCGCCACCCAAUGGCCGUUUGGGUGUGGAUGAAGAGGAAGAUGAUAUUGUGGAUGUUCCCGACACGUCUGCUACGAUCAAACGGAGGCCGAAGAACAUCACCAUGAACUUGGGUAUUCCAUCGAGUUCGAGAGGCGUCGGUACAUUCAAGAAGGAUCGGCACAUUAGCUUCAACAACACCGUGGAGCAAUGUAUAGCCGUAGACGAGAUUCCUGCGGAAGAGUACUAUGAUGACACAUCGGACUAUGACGACGAGAGUAGUGACGAAGAUGAGCAUGAUGACAUGGCCAUGUCUGUUGCUAGCAUUGCAUCGGCGCACUCCAAGCCAGGUUCGGACGGCGCGAAGCGGGCGAUUAUUGCCAAGUUGGAGCCUACUCAACUCAAGAUGGGCCAUGAAUAUUCGCCGGAUUGGGACCGCGGCCGACCCAUCAGCAGCUUUAUCGAUAGCGAUGAUGAACAAUUUGGCGAAGUGGACUCGCGGUACUCUGUGGCUGAUACCAUUCCUGUCACCCAUGAUUUUUCCUUUGAUCAAGAUGAUGGAUACGACUAUGACUCUGACGACGACUAUGAAGCGCAUCAUUCAUCCACCCAGAUACCCCAUAAACUGCAAGACAAUUCGGAAGAUCCACUUGUCGUGGAUGUCCAGAACCUGCCCGGCUUGGCUGUUCAUGAUACAGCCUCGUUGCGUGGCAGCCAAGGGGUCCGUCGUGCCUCGUUCCUUUCGGCACAGGGCGGCCCUACUCCCUCCAAUACUCCUACCAUACCUCUAUCGGGCGAUCGUGAAAAGCGCAUUGUGCAUAUGAGUCGUGGCCGCCCAUCCUCGCGUACGUCUGGUGCCCUCGUCGCACCGGCGCCCUCGCUUCCGCAAGUGCCUUUGGCCGAGGACUAUGUGGAAGAAAGCGAGGGUGGCCUCAUUGGAACAGCUGUUGAGCUGCUCAACACAGCUCGGGAUUUGCUCGGCGCCAUCAUGGGCUCCCCUCGCAACCCCGGCCAGUCGUGGUAUGAAUAA